AUGAGGACCUCGCAAAGUCCAACGGGACUGACGUCGACACGACUAACGAAGAAAAGGAAAACAAAAAGGGUGGAGAUCCGCUGGAAAACAAGAAAACAGUUGGAAAAAGAAUUGAGAAUUGCAAAAUGUGAUUUGGCCAUAAUGCGGAAGAGUCUGGGUGAUGAUAGAAAUGCUCCUGCAUUAGAAUUAGAAGAUCCUUCCAAAGAUGUCCCAAAAGAGUGCUCUUCUACUUUUGAAUUUAAGUUUCACAAGAAUCAUUCAUCUCAAUUUGAAAAAUUCUCUAAGGAAAAAAGUGAACUAGAGGCACAAUUAGGCAGCAAAAAGAAAGAGAUGCAGGAGAAACAAAAACAGAUAUUUGAACUACAGGAUAAAGUUAGUCAGAUGAUGCAGUUGGAAGUCCAACUUCAAGAGAAAACAAAAAGAUUGGAAGUAUUUAGUAAGGAGAGGGAUAUAUUUGAAAGAGAAUUAAUUGCAACAAGAUCAGAAUUGACUGGAAUAAAAAAGACACUGGAGCUAGAACGUCAAGAAAGAAGAGAUUUAGAAACUAGAGCUCUUUGUUUAAUAAAAGAUGCUAAACGUAAAUGGGAGAAUGCAGAGAAAGAUAAGGUUGCACAGCUGAAUAAGCAUAUUGAAUUGCAAACUGUAAGAAUUACAGAAUUGUGCACCAGCAAUAAUGAAAUGAGUUCAAGAUUACAAAGGACAGAAUGUGAACUUGAAACAGCAAAUGCUGAAUUACACAAACUUAGAGUAUUUCAGAUGCAAUAUAAAGAAUCAUUAGCCAAAACAAGAGAACUUAGUCGACAAAGUAUUCAAGGUGUUGAAACUAAACUAGAAGAAAUAGCCACAAGGUCACAUAAUCAGUUAGCUGAACUCAGAGCAAAAUUAGACUUGGAAAUAGCAAAAAAUACAGACUUAGAGACUAAAUUGAGAAAUGAACAAGAUUCCAAUCACUGCCGUCAGUCAAGACUGAAUGUUGCUUUAGAAUUAGGUCAAAAUGAACUGAAGGACUGUCAGGAACAGUUACGCAGUAUACAAGCUACAUUACCAGCCAGAGAUACUGAAAUAGUAGCUUUAAAAAAACAAUUGCAAGAAAGGUCAAAGCAACUAGAUAGUGCUAUAGCAUCAGAACAGAUGGUUACAACAAUGCAAGAACAAUUAGAGAUAUCAAAACUUGAAAAUGUACAGUUGAAACAUCAACUACAGGUAAUGAAAUCCGACCUGACUGAAACUAUGAUGAAUUUGGAACAGAGUGAAGUCCUAGCUUUAAAUUUCGAACAAGCAGCACAAGACAAAGCUACAUUACAAAAAAGGUUACAAGAUUCUCUUGAAAAAGAAGAAGAACAUUUACGUAAGGUUGGCAAUUUAGAAGAAUUGUUACGACGCUUAGAGCAGAGCGUCACUAAACUAGAAGCAGAGAAUGCCACUCUCAAAAUGGAAACCCAAACAUAUCCAGAUUCAAAUAUAAUGCCUAGAAAGAGUAUAAUUAAAACAGACACUCAUGUAGAAGAACAAGUACGGAAAUUAGAACAAGAGCUUCAAACGAUGAAAGAAAACGUAAAUGCGGAACGUCAGACCACGAAACAAGCACAGAUUAGUUUGUGGAAAAAGGAAAAAGAAUUAUCGGAUGCGAAUUUGGAUAAACGAAUCGCAAUAAGGGAAGGCAAAAAAACGGAAGAUAAAGUUAAAUCGUUACAAGAGGAGAAACAAAAAUUAACCGAAAGAUUAGAUAGCAAAAUAAAAGAGGAAGAAGAAAAAUCUAAAAGACUUCUUAAAGAACUAGAUAGUGCAAAGGCAUCAUUAAACGACAUUACAAGGGAAUCAUCUAGAAACAAAAUGCAAGCUGAUUCGGCUCAAAGGGCUCUAACUCAGGCUAACCACCAAAUAGAGGAGCUUCAAUCUUCCAGUGCUUCGCUACGUAGAGAAUUAGAUGCGACACGAAAGCAAGCAAGAGUAACUCAAGAUCGUUUUGACAGUCUAAAUGUUGAAAGUAGGUGUUUGUCUCAGAUGAUUGCAAAACAUACUGAAGAAAAGAUCGAACUGGAAUCUAAGAUCGAAAAAUUAGAACAAGAUAUCAAGGGUUAUGAACUAAACACUGAACUUCUAAAGGAAACAUGCACAGUACUGGAAGAACAACUUACAGAUUAUGAAAGAUUAACAAGCAAUCACGAGACGCGGGAAAAUUUACUUAUUCAAGAUAAAAUGAAGUUACAGAAAGAACUGGAAUCCAUUGAGGCAAAGCUCCGCGAAGCACAUUCCGCUCUAAACGAAGAGAGAUCACUGAGACUAGCUGCGGAACGAAAUAUAGAGAGGCUUGAAUCGGAGACGAGUGAUAUUGAGAGCGAAAGGAAUGGAUUAAUCGCUCAAAGAGAUCAGUACAAAAAACUUGUACAAGAAUUGAGCGGCCAGGUCGAAGAAUUGACUACCAAAUGCGGCGAUCUGGAAUGCGACCUUUCAGAAGUGAAGAGAGCCUUAGAAGUAACUAAGGCUGAAACGAGAGUCGUCAAAGAAGAAAGCAGUCAACACUUAACUAGAGUUCAUGAAUUAAAAGAGGCGAAUUUUGUACUUAUGAAUGAUUUACAGAGUAGUAUAGAUCAAGGUCAAGAACUUAGGAUGAGAAUUUCAGAAUUGGAGAGUAUUCUAGAGGAAAUGAGACAGUUUUACCAAGAAAGGGAAGUGAAAGCAGAAAGUACAAGACAACAGCAGACAAAAUUGAUAGAUUACUUGCAAUUCAAAUUAGAAGAAUGCAGUAAAAAGAAAAAGACGGUAUGUGAUAAAAUACUUGGUACUAAACAAAAGGAGAAUCUACCUCCCAGCGGCACUGGAAUGCCAGUUGGAUACCGUGAACUGGAGAAUCAAUUGGCAAAAGAACGUGCUAAAGUUAAAACGUUGACUGAUCAAUUAUUAGCUCUGAAAGCUGUGCAUGCCUCAACAUCUGCGCCUACAUCUCCAGCAGUGCCUGAUGUCAGAAAUACAAAUUAUAAUAUAGAACAAUCAGCCAGUUCAUUAACUAGGCGUUUGUCGCCACAGAGAUCUGGACACAUACCUCAUAGAUUCGAUGUUGGCUUGCCAAUGAGAGCUGGAAAAUGCUCGGCGUGUUUAGACUCUAUUCAGUUUGGGAAACGUGCCGCCAUUUGCAACGAGUGUCAAGUAAUGACGCAUUUGAAGUGUGCAGUUACUAUCCCAACCACUUGUGGUUUGCCUGGAGGUUACAAUAAAGAAUUUGGCAAAAAUUGGAGGAAUAGUGACGAAAAUUUAUCAUCGUUGUCUGGAAGCGUUCAGACAUUAGCUAUAGACCAACCGGACCAACCGGAGAAGCCUAACACAGAUGUGUGUGGUGCACAAAAUAAGAACGAUAAUGCAUCAAUGGAAAGUUGGGUAAAACUUCCAGAGCGAUCGAGAACUUGUUGGGAAAGAAAGUAUCUCAGAUUGGAGGGAACGUGUUUGUGUACUUACGAGCAUCAGCCGCCUCCCGGAAUGGCACCAAUAAAUCGCCUAGAUCUAAUAAAGAAAGACGGAUUCAGCGUGGUAGAUAACGUAUACCAACCCGAUGUAAUAGGAACGGCGAAGUCGGACUUGCCGUUUAUUUUUAGAGUAGAAUCUAACUCAUCGACAACUUGUUGGCCGACAUCGCGUUUAGAUAUCAUGGCUUUGAGCCAAGCCGAUAAAAAAAAUUGGCUAAAAGCCUUGAAAUCUGUUACUAGUCAAAAUCAUUUGAGUAAUGUUCAUAAGAAUAAAAAAUAUCAGACUAUAUUAAGACUAGAAAAACAUCAAUUGGAUUUAAAUUGUGCUAUAAAUUUAACUGAAGAGAACGUGCUUCUACUGGGUGCUGAAGAGGGUUUGUUUUCGUAUUGCGGUGGUAAAUCGCGAACCCUCACUGCCAUUCGUGGAGUGAAGAGAGUGCAUCAAUUAACCUUACACCCUCAUUUGGGAAUAGCUUUAAUGAUAGCUGGUGAAAAUAGGCAAUUAGUAUCAUGUAGUCUACGACAAUUGAAAAGUAACGCGGUGGCCGCCGAAUGCUCGAGGCCGGCCAUUAAUACGAAGGCUGUUUUAACUGGAGCUGAUAGCUGCCAUUUAUACCAGUUGCAAAAGGAAAUGCUUUGUGCAGCAACAGCAUCUCACGUAAUAUUGCUUAAAUGGUACACUGAAGAAGAGUCUGGGGAAUUCAUUGGAGUUCGAGAAUUAGAGACAUCUGAGCCAUGUAGUUGUGCCAUAUUUGCUCAAAACGUUCUCAUAGUAGGAUGUAAUAAGUUUUUCCAAAUCGACCUAAAAAAUUAUUGCGUCGAUGAAUUUCCAGAAGAAGAUGAUAGCUCAGUCAAAGCUGCGCUAUCAGGAGUAGCUAAACUAGGCAUUUUCCCAGUGUGCGUUCUGAACGUUUCUCUUGUACCUGAAAAGGUAGAGCUGUUGCUUUGCUAUAAUGAGUUUGGAAUGUUUGUGAACGAAAGUGGCCAAAGAACUCGAAACAUCGAUCCGACUUGGAAUCAUCUACCUUUUGCUUUUGCUUUCCGUAAACCAUAUUUGUUUAUCAUACAUUUUUCAUCCGUGGAAAUCGUGAAACUCGACCAAGAUGCGUAUACUACAGCGACAAAUCCAGAACGAAUUUUAAUCGAGUUAUCUAGCCCUCGUUAUUUAGGACUGGCUGGAUCGAAAGGAAUCUAUGUAGCAACUGUAAAUUCCUUCCUAGAAUUAUUGAAAAUGGAAGGUCCUUCGAAUAUACCACAGUUAAAUGGCAGUCUCACAAGUUUGAAUACUAUGGAUCAAGAUGAUGACAGCAGUUCGGAGUUCAGUUUCACUUCAAGCUUAAUGGAGGCUUUAGAUGGUCAAGGAAAAAAAGUACAUUUUGCUGGCGUUUCCAAAUAUUAAAAUAUUUUGAUAUUAGAACUAAUGGAAUGUUCUAUUUUUUAUACGAUUGUAGGAAUUGCAAAAGAACUGAG